UUGAAAGAUCCUCUGUUCUUCUCCCUUCCUUUUAAACAUUUCACACUCUUUACUCUCUUCUUCACACCUUUUCUUUCUCGAUCUGCGCUCAGUUUUCAAGAUGAACCAAACCAACGCGGGUUUUGAUAAACCAAUUGGUUGUUACGCUCCCGCAGUUCAAGAGCUUAUUGUUAUUGACGAUGUGAUCUCAGCCAUGGUUGGCAUUGAAGGACGUUACAUCAUCAAAAAAGUUCGUGGAAAGAAUGAUGAUAUUACUUUCCUGGUUGACCCAUCUAUGGAUUUGGCCCUGCAGGAGUUGUCAAAACGGAUAUUCCCUCUUUGUAAGAGCUUUCUGUUGAUCAACCAGUUUGUGGAGUCAAGGUCUCAGUUCCAGAAUGGUCUGGUUAAUCAUGCCUUUUCUGCUGCACUGAGAGCACUUCUUCUCGAUUACCAAGCCAUGGUGGCACAGCUUGAACACCAAUUUCGGCUUGGGAGACUUUCUCUUCAAGGAUUGUGGUUCUACUGUCAGCCCAUGAUGAGGUCAAUGCAAGCAUUAUCCACUGUCAUACAGAAGGCUUCAGUCAACAAUUUUUCUGGUUCUGCUGUUCUUAACUUACUGCAGAGCCAGGCAAAGGCUAUGGCUGGAGAUAAUGCUGUCAGGUUGUUGCUGGAGAAAAUGACACAAUGUGCAAGUAGUGCUUACAUGAGCAUAUUAGAAAGAUGGGUUUAUGAAGGCGUAAUAGAUGAUCCUUAUGGUGAAUUUUUCAUUGCAGAGGACAAAACUCUUCAAAAGGAGAGUCUUACUCAAGAUUAUGAUGCUAAGUAUUGGCGACAACGUUAUAGUCUCAAAGAUGGAAUUCCUAGUUUCCUUGCAAAUAUUGCAGGGACAAUUUUGACAACAGGAAAAUAUCUAAAUGUUAUGAGAGAAUGUGGGCACAAUGUUCAGGUCCCUCCAUUAGAAAAUUCAAAACUAAUGAGCUUUGGCUCAAAUCAUCAGUAUCUUGAAUGUAUUAAGGCUGCUUAUAACUUUGCAAGUGGUGAACUUUUGAACCUCAUUAAGGAAAAGUAUGAUCUAACAGGAAGGCUGCGUUCUAUAAAACACUACCUUCUUCUUGAUCAGGGUGAUUUCUUGGUGCAUUUUAUGGAUAUUGCUCGAGAUGAGCUGACCAAAAAGCCUGAUGAAGUCUCUGUUGAGAAGCUGCAGUCUCUUCUAGACCUUGCAUUGCGUACUACAGCAGCUGCAGCAGAUCCUUUUCAUGAAGGCUUAACCUGUGUUGUGGAAAGAUCUUCUCUGCUUAAAAGGUUGGGCACAUUUAAUAAUCUUGACGUUAGUCAGAGAAAUUCUGCUAACAACAAUCUGGAGGAGCCUGUUAGCAUCACCAGCCUUGAAACAUUUUCACUAAGUUAUAAGGUGCACUGGCCACUGUCUAUAGUACUAUCACGGAAAGCCCUUACAAAGUACCAGUUAAUUUUUCAAUUUCUUUUCCACUGUAAACAUGUUGACCGUCAGCUAUGUGGAGCAUGGCAAAUACAUCAAGGAGUUCGUGCUCUUAAUACACGAGGAACUGCUAUCUCCAGAUCAUCUCUUCUUUGCCGUAGUAUGCUAAAAUAUAUCAAUAGCCUUCUGCACUAUCUGACAUUUGAGGUUAUUGAACACAAUUGGCAUCUGAUGUAUAACAGACUUCAGUCAGCAAAUAGCAUAGAUGAGGUUAUACAACAUCAUGAUUUUUUUCUUGAUAAAUGUUUGAGAGAAUGUUUACUUCAGUUACCUGAGAUACUGAAGAAGGUGGAGAGGCUUAAAUCCAUGUGCCUUCAAUAUGCAGCAGCAACUCAGUGGCUUAUAUCAUCUUCUAUCGUAUUACAUAGUCCAGCGGAACCUAUUGAUGGUUCAAUUGGCUUGAAUAAAGCCAAACAACGGAAAUCAGGACAGGUACUGAAGGCAACUACCAGAAAUGUGGCAGUCACCGAUUCUGUUCUCAAAUUUGAGAAAGAAUUUAAUGCUGAGCUUCAGAGUCUUGGAUCAAUGUUGAGUAGUAGCUCCCAGACAGAGCCAUAUCUGGCUCAUCUUGCACAAUGGAUUCUUGGUGUUAAAAAUGAACAGAAUGGUUUGUGAUGGGACUGUUUUGUGUAAGAUGCUUAAGCAACAUAAGGUAAUGUAAUUUUUGUGUAUAGGUAUUAACAUUCUCACUAAGGCUUGUGUCUUUGUACCGAUAUUUCAGAAUCAUGUUAUUCUUUUUUUUUUUUUCAGUGCUUUCUUAU